AACCAAAUGUGGAACAAGCUCAUGAUCACAUACGAAGGUACGCCUCAAGUUCGUGAAUCAAAAAUUGAUUUACUAACCCAUGAAUAUGAGUUAUUUGCUAUGAAAGAGAACGAACUUGUGGAGGACAUGUUUGGAAGAUUUUCAAACAUCGUCAACGACCUUGAUAUGCUUGGAAAGACGCUCACCGACAAGGAGUUAGUGAGGAAAAUCCUGCGAAGUCUUACCAAGGAAUGGGAGUCAAAGGUAAACUCCAUUUACGAAGGCCGAGAUUACAACGUCAUCACAUACGAUGGUCUUCGAGGUAACCUUAUCACUUACGAAACAAAUCAUCUUUCUCAUACUCUUGAUGUUAAGAAGAGAACGGGAAUUGCUUUUAAAGCAUCUUCUUCUCAAAAAGUAGAGAUUGAUGAUUCGGAUUCGGAUAGUGAUAGUGAUAACGAUUCUAGCACUUCUUGUGAUAUUUUGGUUGAAUGUUUUAAUGAGUUUUUGAAACAUGAGCUAAACAAGAGCAAGAAGAAAAACACCCCAAGGUGUCAUAAGUGCGGAAAGCUUGGCCACCGAAAAUUUGAGUGCCUGAAGCUCAAGAAAAUGAGCAAACAAGAUGAAUUUGCUUAUUUUUCGUGGAAGUAUGAUGAACCUUCCAAAGAGGAUUGCCUCAUCGCUCUUGAAGAACAAGAUGGGUGGUCGGGCACGUGACGCACUUGAAAGGCGUGCUUGAAGACUACAAAUUUGUAGUGGAUGCUCCAAGCACUUAGCCAAAGAGAUUGCAUCAAAGGGGAGUAAAUUCUUUUUUUAAAUAAAUGUUAUCUUUGAGAUUUAUAUGAAUUUAUUUGGGG